UGUCCUUGGGCGCCAUCCGUAGUCCCUGACAGGUCAGGGCUGAAGGCUGAGGGCGGGUGAAGAUGGCGGCCUCCGUCCGCUCUUAUCGGGUCCCCUGCCGGCUCCUGCUGUCACCGAGGGCCGGCUAUGGUGUUUCAACAUCGACAUCUUCUGUUGUUCAGCAACAGCGUGAAGUUCAUUACUCUGUGAUUCCACAUGGAAAGGGUGGGCGUUCAUCUGUCAGUGGCAUCGUGGCCACCGUCUUUGGUGCCACAGGAUUCCUGGGUCGAUAUGUCGUUGGCCGCCUGGGACGGAUUGGCUCCCAGGUCAUCAUUCCUUAUCGCUGUGAUCCAUAUGACAUGAUGUACCUUCGGCCUAUGGGUGAUCUUGGACAGCUCCUGUUCAUGGAAUGGGACACGCGUGACAAAGAUUCUAUCCGAAGAGCCCUUGAAUGCAGCAAUGUUGUCAUCAAUCUUGUUGGAAAAGAAUGGGAAACGAGGAACUUCACGUAUGAAGAUGUCUUUGUUAAUAUACCAAGAGAUAUAGCCAGGCUUUCCAGAGAAGCUGGCGUAGAGAAACUCAUUCACGUAUCUCACCUCAAUGCGGACAUGAGGAGCCCUUCGAAAUACCUUCGGAAUAAAGCUGUUGGGGAAAAGGUCGUGAGGGAAGAAUUUCCAGAUGCCAUCAUCAUGAAGCCUGCUGAAAUGUUCGGAAGAGAGGACACGUUUUUCAACUAUUAUGCAAACAUGCGCUGGUUUUGGGGUGUGCCGUUCAUUUCCAUGGGCAAGCAAACAGUGAAACAGCCUAUCUAUGUGGUUGAUGUAGCCAAGGCAAUAAUUAAUGCCAUUAAGGAACCUGAUGCUAAAGGAAAAACCUAUGCAUUGACUGGCCCAAAUAGAUAUUUGCUGUAUGAUCUGGUAGAAUAUCUUUAUGCGGUGCUCCACAGAACUUUUCUUCCAUAUCCGUUGCCUCGUCCUCUUUAUCAUUUAAUUGCAAGAUUCUUUGAGGUGAGCCCCUUUGAGCCAUGGACAACUAGAGACAAAGUGGAUCGGUUCCAUAUCACAGAUAUGAGGUUCCCUGAUCUUCCUGGCUUAGAGGACUUGGGCAUUGCCGCUACUCCUGUAGAGCAGAAAGCUAUUGAGGUGCUGCGACGUCACCGCACGUUCCGCUGGCUGGAAGCAGAGCUCGAGGAAGCGAAACCAGCUAGGCCGGUUACCAACAUGUAACUGUCAACCUCUGUGGCUUUGCAGGCUGGAGUUACAUUGACCUUGUUUGUUUGAAAAUGUGUACAUUACAAAGUUUAAAUCCACCCUUUAACCUUUUUGUAGUGUUGUUUGUUUCACCAUUUCCAAGGUGACGGAGAUUGUGGCUUUUUAAAAAACAAACAAACAAACAAUGGCCCUCAUCCAAGCAGAAUUUCAGUCCUCCGUGCAUGCUAUUAGUUCUUGAUUGCAUUGUACUUAGGUUUUCGAUUAUUGCUAAGAAUUGGGAAGGCAUCCAAAGCAGUUACCUGUAUUUACAGUUUUCAGUGGUUUCCUUCCUUCUGUUGCAGACCUCCAGCUCCCCCUUCAUGAUGUUCCUGGGGUGGGGUGUUCUCAUUCCGCAGGAGCUUCAUUUCUGGAAGUAAAUUUUUACCAGAUUUAAGCAAAUAGUUUGCUCAUGAAGGAAGCAUUUGCUUUACUGCUAUUUAUGUAAACGGUGCCUUAGAGAGGAAGUUUUUACUUAUAUAAUGCUAAAGAGUUUGCAAGUUGAAUUUUGACUAUUGGGGUGGUGCAGGGGGAGACGAUGGUAUGGCUACCAGACCAGCUUUGCAAAAGAAAGAAGGGUUGAUCAGAAAAAUGUCUUAAUAAUCGGGUGUUCCUAUUGUCUUAGGUUUUAAAAAACCUAUCCCUAAUAUUGAAAAAUCGUGAGGUAAGCAAAUAAACGUGAUUAGCUGUGAA